AGACUGUGGAGAGAGCGCGCGUCAGGAUUUUGAGUCGUCAUGGUGAAUUGAUUUAACCUUGGGCAUUUUGCGUUCAAUACAGUAUUGCGCGCGAAGUACCAUUUUUCUCUUUUGCAACUGUAAACGUAUUUCAACCAGUUCGUUUUAUGGUCUUUUUUCAGUAUUUUACAGUAUAUUUACACUAUAUUUUUGGAUUCUUGCGGCACUGUGACUAUAUUUUUAUUUUUUAAAAUCCAUUUUGAAAUACUGCCACUUGCUGCUCAAUGCUCUUACCCAGCUAGACCAAGGGGACUGCGUCGCAAGCUACCCACCCAGGACGAUUAGGAGGAAAAAACAAACAGGGGGAAUAAUUUCACACGCGUCUUAAUAUGUUGCUUUCCAAGUUUGGCUCCUUCUCUCACAUCUGCAGCCCCACAGCGAUGGACCAUUUACCGGUGAAGAUCCAGCUUCAGCCAGUGAAAGUGGAGAAGGAGCCCUUCGAAAAGGUGUACCAGGUGGGCUCCGUGCUGGGCAGCGGCGGCUUCGGGACGGUGUACGCCGGCAGCCGGCUUUCGGACGGUUUACCGGUUGCUGUUAAACACGUGGCGAAGGACAGGGUGACCGAGUGGGGCACACUAAACGGCGCCGUGGUGCCUUUGGAAAUCCUGCUGCUGAAAAAGGUGGGCUCCUCCUUCCGCGGGGUCAUCAAGCUGCUCGACUGGUACGAGCGACCCGACGGAUGGCUUCUGGUCAUGGAGAGGCCGGAGCCCGUGAAGGACCUGUUCGACUACAUCACGGAGAAGGGCGCGCUCGACGAGGACACGGCGCGCGGCUUUUUCCGCCAGGUGCUCGAGGCCGUGCGCCACUGCUACAGCUGCGGCGUCGUGCACCGCGACAUCAAGGACGAGAACGUGCUGGUGGACCUGCGCACGGGCGACCUCAAGCUCAUCGACUUCGGCUCGGGGGCGCUGCUCAAGGACACCGUGUACACGGACUUCGACGGUACAAGGGUCUAUAGUCCACCAGAGUGGAUCCGGUACCACAGAUACCAUGGGCGCUCGGCAACAGUGUGGUCACUGGGCGUGCUGCUGUAUGAUAUGGUGUGUGGAGAUAUUCCCUUUGAGCAGGAUGAGGAAAUACUCAGAGGACGUAUAUAUUUCCGACGACGAAUUUCCACUGAAUGUCAGCAGCUGAUCAAGUGGUGUCUUUGUCUGCGGCCUUCGGACCGGCCCACCUUAGAGCAAAUCUUCAACCACCCGUGGAUGCGCACGACGGAGGCAGUGAAGGCUGGCGGUGGUGACAUCCAGCUGCAGAGCAUCGAUGCUGAGACAUCAAGUACCAGUUCCAGCAAGGAGAGCCUCUGAGCUGCUGCUGCACAUAGCAGGAGUGGGAGGAGACCCUGGAACUCCGGGUUUGCGGUCCAGCUAUGGCGCUUCUGCCAGACCCUCCGCAACACCCCCAACCCCCUUUUCAGAAACUGUAAUUUAUUAUGGUUUGUUCUUCCUUAUUUUUAUAACUUGUUUCCACAUGGGGAACAUUUGCAGAUGGUCUAACCAGCACUUUUAUUUUGAUUUUAUUUUAUAAUGCUGGUUUAUAAUUCUGAUUACCCUUUUUUUAUUCAGAUGUGCUGGCUGCUCUCAUAGAGCUUGGAAAACCUUUAUUUAAAUGUUUUCACUUUGAUUUUGAGUGCCUUUUUGAAAGCUGCUUUUUGUGGGGCUUUCAUCAUUUGAGUGCUUGUAAGUUGUUUGACAGGGGUGUCUCCCUGCAUGCAAAUUAUGAGCCAGUGUUGGGUCAUGGGGCUGGGGUGGUGGUCCCCACUGACAGUGGAAUACUUGAAAUGCACACUCACAACACAUCCCUUAUCUCUGCUGCUCACUCACACUUCUACCUACACCUGAAUACUGGAACUCUUUUUCUCUUUGGUUUUCUAAAAUGUGUAAAGAGUCCCCACUGUACAGAAUACCUUGUCUACCUUGGGAUGCUUGCAGCCUUCCAUGCGUCUCCCACUGCACCCCAACCCUACCAUACCAUCUGACUGACACUACAUAUCUCUCGACCCUGGUGUACUAAACCAUGGGUGUGAGAUGCACAACCAAUGCAAUAUUCAUUAACUCAGUUCAAUACUAUAUUGUAGUAUAUUUAUGUACAUUUUUCCAGUGUAUUAUUUAUUUGUGUGUAGACAUUCCACUCUGGCUAUUUAUUUAUUUAUUUAUUAACAGCUAGAUUAAAUCCCACAGUUUAAUCUUUUUCUAUGGCAUUUUAUUUGCAUUCCUUUUUUUUUAUCCUUUCAAAUUUAACAGGACUGUCAGAAUUCCAGCUGCCCUGAACUAGUUUAUGAAAACAAAAUUAACAUUAUUUAAUUGGAAGAGCAAUGAGUAUUCUGAUUCCCUCCCAUAUGAUCCCUGGUAGUAUCACACCUUGGAUUGUUUGUAUCUGAAAUG